UUGCGACGAAGAAGGGAGUAGCAGCCAUUAUUUUCUUCAAGUCAACAAAAAGAAUUAAAAUGAUUAGUCCAUUUUUAAAUUUAUGACCUUUUAUAUAUUUAUUAUCAUGGGACACAUGAAUGUAUGAAACUUAAUUAUAAAUACAUCAUUCCCCUUAAAUUUUCGUUUUCAUACAACUGGCAUGUUAAGAGUUUGAACCAUAACUUCCCUUCCUUUUAAUUUCUAAAAACUCAAAACUGAAAAGCCAUAUUUGAAGAUGGAAAGUAUGUGGGAUAGGUUGAAGCCAGCCUUGCUAAUGAUUGGGGUGCAAAUAGUAUUUUCUGCUUGCAAUAUUCUUUACAAGUUUGCCAUAUUUGAUGGAAUGAGUACCAUUGUCAUUGCAGCUUAUCGCUUAGCCUUUGCAGCUGUUACCACUAUUCCUCUUGCUCUUAUUUUUGAAAGGAAGAGGCCGAAGAUGACUUGGAGGGUGUUUAACCUUUCACUUCUAAGUGGAUUAUUUGCUGGAGUUUUAUUUCAAAACCUAUUCUAUGGAGCUUUGGUUUUGGCACCAGCAACUCUUGUAUCAGCUAUCUACAACCUUGUUCCCUCCAUCACCUUUGUCUUGGCUGUAUCCUUCGGUUUAGAGAAGUUAAAUUGGGGAGCAGCAACAGGAAAGGCAAAGGUUGCAGGAACUAUACUUGGACUUGCUGGUGCAUUAUUGUUGAUAUUUUACAAAGGAGUUGAAUUUGAUAUUUGGCCUUUUGCAAUCAAUCUUUUGGAUCCAAACAAAAGCCAAACAGGACAUGUCACUGAUACUACCACUGAAUUGUUAGGUGUUAUCUGUGUUAUACUUAGUUGCUUCUGUUUCUCAAUUUGGCUCAUCAUUCAGGCUAAGAUUACCGAAGUAUAUCCAUGCCCUCAAUCAAGCAUAGCUUUGAUGUCUAUAAUAGGAACAAUACAAUGUGUUAUUUUAGGUUUCAUUGUUGAGAGGGAUUUGAAUGAAUGGAAGCUUGGUUGGGAUGUCAGGCUCUUCACUGUCGCUUUUUCGGGUAUUUUGGCGUCCGGAGUAAUGAUUCUUGUCAUGGCAUGGGUCGUACAGAUGAAAGGGCCUUUAUAUGCGUCCGCUUUCAACCCUCUAAUGCUUUUGUUUGUAGCUAUUGUCGCAUCUAUGCUUCUGGAUGAGAAGUUAAACUUAGGAAGUAUACUCGGAGGAGCGUUGAUUGUGUGUGGCCUAUACACUGUACUAUGGGGUAAAGGUGGAGAAAUACAAAAGAAGAUUGAAUUAGAGCCAACACAAUUUGGUGAUUUCGAAGCUACGAGGCCAUUGUUGAGUCCAUGAAAAAGCUAGUUCUUCAUAAAAUACAACCAUAGCAACCUCAUCGAAAUUCAAAUGCUUAAUUAGGAAUGCUUUUAUAAUGACGAGUAGAACGUGUUAUAAUGACACUCCAAAUAAUUGUGCUCUCCUAAAACAACAAAAAUUUCACUCAAGAAUUGAAGAACUUAGAUUGUAUGUAUACAUGUCCAUUUGAAGUUACGGUAUUAUCUUAUUUGUGUUGGUUUCUUCUAUUAUUAUGUGUAUAUGGGUUUAUCUAAACUGAAGAGCAUCCGUCUUUAUCUUUGCUCUUUGAGAUAAUGAGGGGAGUCGCGAGGAAUAAGAAAAUCCGUCUUGGUUUCUUAAUGAUUUGGCAUGCAACUCUAUGGUGUAUUUGGAGGGCGAGGAAUUAAUAAUGCCAUCUUCGCUAAUGGCUCGUUCACCCCUAAAGCUAUUGUUGAUGAUAUUAAAGUUUUGAGUUGGAAAUGGUGCUCAGCUCGAACAAAAAUAUCGCCUUGUAUGUUUGAGACUCCAAGAUCGGGCUGCUGCGCUGUUGUUUCUUUGCAUGUCCUUUUGUAUUUUCUUGGUUUGCUUUUGUGUUGUAUUGUAGGCAUUUGUUGCUUAGGUGCUGCUUUGUUGUUUGUUUUUGUAAGCAGGGACCUUUUUUCUUUGCUUUAGGCGUAGCCUUUUCUUGGUUAUGGGGCUUGUUGCUAUGUUGUAAGAAUUCUCUUUUCUACUCCUCUAAUAUGUCUUAUAUUGGAGAAUGCCUAAUAAAUUUUGCCGAUUAAAAAAAAA